AUGGCUCUUACACUAGAAUAUCUGCAUGCCCAUUUCCGUGGCGUCAUAAUUCAACCGCAAGAUGAUCUCUUUGGUCCUCUUCGUCGUCGAUUCUCGGAGAAUGAGGAAGGAGAUCCGAAGUUGAUUCUCCAGCCAUCUUCUGAAGAUGACAUAUCACUCGCAGUGAGAUAUGCCGUCUCCAACAAACUGGAGCUGGCUGUGUUCAGCCAAGGCCAUUCCUUUCUCGGGGCAUCGAGCUCUGACGGUGUCAUCAUUGAUCUUCGUCGCCUUCGAACCGUCUGGGUUGAUAAUGAGAAGUACGGCAGCGACGGCAUUGUCACCAUGGAAGGCGGCGCGAGCGUUAGCGACGUAGCCCUUGCUUGUGAGGAGAAGGGAGUGUUCUUGCCUCUUCCUUCUCACAAAGAGCUCGGUUACGCCGGAUUUUCCCUUGGCGGGGGCUUUGGCUGGGGAAUGGGUGUCGCUGGCUUGGCAAUUGAUCUCUUAGUGGAAGCGACAAUUGUUCUUGCGAGUGGGGAGAUCGUCACUUGCUCAGAAGACCAGAACCCAGACCUAUUCUUUGCGAUUCGAGGAGCCGGAUAUAACUUCGGGGUCAUCUCAAAGCUGAAGUUCAAAGCCAAGCCACUGACGCACCAAGUCUGGUACGGGACAAUCGUCUAUCCACGGUCCGCAUAUCAGUCAGUUCUCGAAACGGUCGACAAAUGGAGCCUGACACAAAAACCAGAGGACAUGGUCGCUAUUGUUAUCACGACAUUGGUACCAGCAACUCGAGGUGAGGAGGCAAUGCUCGCCAUUGUGUACCACCAUGGCUCCUCCGAAGACCAAUUCAAGGGUCGAUUCGGGGACUUUUUUGAUAUUCCACACUUGGGGUCCAAUACCAGGCCCUGUUGGGCCCACGAAACAGCAGACUUUUUCCCUGAGUCAAUCUGGCCUCGCACCAAUCGCCUUUCGGACGGCACUCUUUUCACUCGUCUAACACCUCAGCUUUGGUUACCAGUUAUUGAUAGACUUCGUGAGUGGUAUAAGAAAGACGACAGGAGAGAGUUGGGGACCCAGCUCUUCCUUGGCCUGUACAACUGGACAAAGGUGAUCAACGAGAAUGCCGGGAAGGCUACCGCGUGGCCCCCGUCACGAGCCCGUCCUGAGGAUCCAGAAGGAUUGAACUGGAAGGACAUGGCUCUCUACGUUGGGUAUGGAGAUGAACAGGAAGCCGAGGAAGCCACCAAGUUUGCAUUAGGGCUUGUUCAGUUUGCACGUGAGAAACACGAAGAAAUCGUUGGAGGCGAUAUCAUCAAGGGGAUGGUGUAUCCAAAUGCGGGCGCCAUGCGUCAGCACUCCGGACAGUACAUGUAUAAGGAGCACUAUCCGCAGUUACAGGUGCUGAAAGGGAAGUACGAUCCCUUGAAUGUGUUCCAUAAGAAGCAUGCUAUUGAGCCUUCUCUCUAA